CCUGUUCUCUUCUCUGCCCCAGAAGGGCUCCGCGCUGGGCGGGGGUGCGCCUGGGCCGUGUCUGGGUCUGACCUGGGGGAGCGGAAGCCACUGAUCCUUAUCCCUCCCCGAGACCUCUGUGACCCCUGGGCUGCAGAGGUCCGGCCAGGCUAAGGGCUGGGGAUGCCGCCUGCCUGGCCCCCCUUGCCAGAAGUGGCAGGGGGGCCGGGCCAGGCCGGGCAGCAGCCCACCUCCUCCCAGCCAUGGAUCUCCUACCCCCCAAGCCCAAGUACAACCCGCUUCGGAAUGAGUCUCUGUCAUCGCUGGAGGAGGGGGCUUCGGGGUCCAGCCCACCGGAGGAGCUGCCCUCUCCGUCAGCCUCCUCCCUGGGGCCCAUCCUGCCUCCUUUGCCCUCGGACGACAGCCCCACCACCCUGUGUUCCUUCUUCCCCCGGAUGAGCAACUUGAAGCUGGCCAACCCAGCCGGGGGGCGCCUGGGGCCUAAGGGGGAGCCAGGCAGGGCAGCCGAGGAUGGGGAGGGAAUCACAGGGACAGCUGUGCUGGACUCAGGCCCCCUGCCCCUCCUCCAGGACAUGAACAAGCUGAGUGGAGGCAGCGGGCGCAGGACUCGGGUGGAAGGGGGCCAGCUGGGGGGCGAGGAGUGGACCCGCCACGGGAGCUUUGUCAAUAAGCCCACGAGGGGCUGGCUGCAUCCCAACGACAAAGUCAUGGGACCCGGGGUUUCCUACUUGGUUCGGUACAUGGGCUGCGUGGAGGUUCUGCAGUCAAUGCGUGCCCUUGACUUCAACACCCGGACUCAGGUCACCAGGAGGAUUCGGAGAAGGUUACCAGAGUUGGUCCGAGUCUGGAUGGAAAGCGGCUACUCUGGCUCUGAGCUGCCUGACCCAUCAGCUCAGGAAGCCAUCAGUCUGGUGUGCGAGGCCGUGCCGGGUGCUAAGGGGGCGACCAGGAGGAGAAAGCCCUGUAGCCGCCCUCUCAGCUCUGUCCUGGGGAGGAGUAACCUGAAAUUCGCCGGAAUGCCAAUCACUCUCACCGUGUCCACCAGCAGCCUCAACCUCAUGGCCGCAGACUGCAAACAGAUCAUUGCCAACCACCACAUGCAGUCGAUCUCAUUUGCGUCCGGCGGAGACCCGGACACAGCCGAGUAUGUCGCCUAUGUUGCCAAAGACCCUGUGAAUCAGAGAGGUGAGGCGUGGUGGGGAGCACUGGGUGGGCCGGCUGUCCGCGAGGCAGCCUGCCACAUCCUGGAGUGUCCCGAAGGGCUCGCCCAGGACGUCAUCAGCACCAUUGGCCAGGCCUUCGAGCUGCGCUUUAAACAGUACCUCAGGAACCCGCCCAAGCUGGUCACCCCCCAUGACAGGAUGGCCGGCUUCGAUGGCUCAGCUUGGGAUGAGGAGGAGGAAGAGCCAUCUGACCACCAGUACUAUAAUGACUUCCCGGGGAAGGAGCCCCCCCUUGGGGGGGUGGUGGACAUGAGGCUUCGGGAAGGAGCCACACCGGGGGCUGCUCGGCCCACGCCACCCAGUGCCCAGACCCCCAGCCAUCUGGGAGCCACACUGCCGGUAGGGCAGCCUAUUGCAGGAGACCCAGAAGUCCGAAAGCAGAUGCCACCUCCACCACCCUGCCCAGGCAGAGAGCUCUUUGACGAUCCCUCCUACGUCAACGUCCAGAACCUAGACAAGGCCCGGCAAGCAGGGGGUGGGGCUGGACCCCCCAAUCCUGCUGUCAAUGGCAGUGCGCCCCGGGACCUCUUCGACAUGAAGCCAUUCGAAGAUGCCCUUCGGGUGCCUCCACCUCCCCAGUUGAUGUCCAUGGCUGAGCAGCUCCGAGGGGAGCCCUGGUUCCAUGGGAAGCAGAGCCGGCGAGAGGCUGAGGCACUGCUGCAGCUCAACGGGGACUUCCUGGUGCGAGAGAGCACGACCACGCCUGGCCAGUAUGUGCUCACUGGCCUGCAGAGUGGGCAGCCGAAGCACUUGCUUCUGGUGGACCCUGAGGGUGUGGUUCGGACAAAGGAUCACCGCUUUGAGAGUGUCAGUCACCUCAUCAGCUACCACAUGGACAAUCACUUGCCCAUCAUCUCUGCGGGCAGCGAACUGUGUCUACAACAGCCCGUGGAGCGCAAGCUUUGAUCUGCCCGGCCACCCUCCUAGAGGCCCUCUGGCCCUUUCCAGCCUCUUCCUUAACUCUCAGGACCUCCUUUGGGAGCGGUCUGUGGGCUGGGCCUUGGUAGGAGCUGGGAGUGGUGUGGACACUGGGUUCCCUAUGGGCCAAUUGAGAGGACAGUCGGGCCCUGGGGUAGAAAGAAACCCACCUCUCCCCAGACCUCACCAAAGUGUACCUGUGCAGAGUGGCCUCCUUGCCUGGGCCUCUCCUGUGCCAACCUGAUGCCCCUUCCCCGAGAAGGGUGCUUGUAAUGGGAAAUGUCCUGAGGUGACAGGCCCACCUCCGGGCCACUCCUGGCCUUUAGGGCACCCAGAGCCCUCUCAGCACUUCCCUCCCCAAGCGUUUGAACACGUGCCUUUGACCAUCUCCUCGGUCUGAAGAUAUUCUAUGCAGACUUCUCAGGCCCCUGAGUUCAAGGACGGGGGUGCUGACACCUUUCUGGUCUCUGCUCCACACCCUCUCUGGUGUGGGCUGGGAAACAGGCAGGAGUGACAGCUGUCCCCAUCCAUGGGGACCUGCAGCCCUCAGAGAUGGCCCCAGAGCCCCCUCCUGGCCGGGGCGGGCCGGGGAGAUGAUGCCCUGGCUCAGUGCCUCCUGGCCGGCCCUCCUGGGUCUGCAUAUACAUUUCUAAGCCCUGCCCCUCCCUUGAUGCAUGCUUGUUCUAUCUAUGGCCAAAGUGCAGCCCCUCUGCCUGUCGCUGGCCCUGCCUCUUCUGGGGCAGUGGGGUGAAAGAAUUUUGGUCUCCCCUACGGUUAACUUCCUGGUGGGCUUUGUGGAGGCGGAACAGAGGCAUUGAGACUUAAAGCAGUAGACAGUCCCCAAAUGCCAUCUGUAGAUUUGGAACUGCAUUCAUUCAUGUUUUUAUAUGCGUAUUUUUUAGGGCUGUAGAUUUACUGUCUUAAUUUUUGUUUUCCAUGGCUUUCGAGCACAACGUGAUGAUAAUCAACUACAUUUAUACAUCAUCUCUUUGACUUUUCUGAGCCCUUUUACAACUCUUGGCAUUUCCUCACCACCCGCAGCAUUAUCUUUUUUACAAGAGACCGGAGACAGGUGUUGACUGUCCUGGGUCUGGAAAACUCGGGCUCUUACGGCAGGCUGGGAGACUUAAGUGGCGGAAGGGGAACGUGUGGGGCCCGCAGGCGCUGAGGCCUGGACAGACGGACAGACAGACAGCCCCCCACCCCCGUGCGCUCUUCAGGCCUCGGGGAGGGGUUUCCAUCCCGGCCGCCGCCUUUCUUUAUUUGGUUGCGUUCACGGGUCUCACUAUAUACCAAAGGGAAAUAGUCUUGAUUAAAGUCCGUAUUUCUUC